AUGGAUACAGAUGAUCUGAUGCCGCCAGAAACACUGGUCAAUAUCUUCAGUACCAAGAAAAACAGAUUUGCUCAGCAAUAUCAAGCCUUUUUAGACCAGUCUACACCUUACAAGGCUCGGAGAUGGCUAAGCUCACUUGCACUACUUGUUUUAUUUAUGGUGCGGAUACUUGUAGUUCAGGGAUGGUAUAUCGUAUGCUAUGCACUUGGGAUUUAUCUUUUGAAUCUAUUUCUUGCGUUUCUUACCCCAAAACUUGAUCUUUCAUUGGAACAAGAUCUUCAAGAAAAUGAUGAUACAGAAGUACGACUACCAAUUCGACAAGAUGAAGAGUUCCGGCCAUUUAUUCGAAGGCUUCCGGAGUUUAAAUUUUGGUAUUCAGCAACACGGGCAAUAAUUAUUGCAUUUGUGUGUAGUUGGAUUUCAUUUUUUGAUAUUCCGGUUUUUUGGCCGAUUCUGUUGAUGUAUUUUUGUAUCCUUUUUGCAUUUACUAUGCGUAGGCAGAUUAAACAUAUGAUUAAAUACAGAUAUGUCCCGUUUGAUAUAGGAAAGAAGAGGUUUUCUUCAAAAUAG